CUGCGACUGCAACGGCGACUAGGACGCGCCCAGUAGAGCUUAAAAUAAACGCGGGAACUGCUCUGCAAUGAAAACAAGCGUUUACCUUGCAUCAGGGGCAGCUAAUGGAGCUGCAGCUUGGCUUUGCGCGACCUGCUGCUGCUGCUGCUGCUGAGCGACUGUCAAACCGGUAGAGAACCAACAACCAGACAACCAACAACAACAAUUACAUACAACUACCUUCAGAGCUGACUGCAUCCGCGAACUAAUGGACUGUGCAAAAAUGAGUGACGCAGCAUCAGUUGUGGCGGAGCCAUCGGUGAGUCCUGCGGCGAGAGCAGCAGCUGGACAAACCAAUGCGACGACAAGGGCAACAACAACGUAUGCCAAGUCUUUAUAUGCAAUGGCCAUAUUUAGAUAAGGUAACGACAAAAUUUUUACAAUUUUUACAAUGCUGAACCGACUGACAAAUGCACACAUGCAUCACACAGCAGAGGGACGUGGAGGAGGAUGAGGGAGGCCAUAGAGAGGAGUUGGUUAGGUCUCGAAGCUGUUGCCUUAAUAAAAAUGAUGUAAAACGCAAUGGGAAAUGAAAUGAAGUGAGGAGCGAGCACUCAGACAGCACACGAUGAGAGUUAAAUUCGUGUUGAAAUAAAUUAAUUGCGCUAACUUGCAACUCAUGCGGCACACAGGACGAGCUGGAGCUGCAGCUGAGCUCAGCCCAGCCCGGCGUCCUGCAACUGCAUUUCCCUUGCCCUUGCCUCGCCUUCCCUCUUCCCUCUUCCCGCUUCCCACUUCCCACUUCCCUCUUGGAUGAUAGGCCACGGCCUAGCGACACAUGUAGCGACCAUGUUGCAUUCCCGGCUGCUGCAACAGCCGUUGAAAUUGUCGUCGUUUGGAGCUUCACUCGCCUGCAGCAUCGUGAGUGCCAUCGAUCAAAGUCUGCGUGCAGUUUGAGUAGUCGCAGGAGGAGUCUCAGACGCAAACACAGCAAGAGAGGCGCAUGAAGACGGCGGCGUAGGGCGGGCAGUAACUGGCUAUGGGAGACUGAAUCUGAAUGCAUGAAAAAUGACGCGAAAAACGCUUCCGCAUGCGCAAAACUAAAAUUCAACUCAGGUGUCGGCUACCUGGCAACCUGACUGAGACCAGCUCCUGCCACAACUCCUGGCCAACUGCUUCGCACAGCUGAGUAAACUUUAAUUUGGCUAAGACAAUGUGCCGUUUUGAAAGAUUCUAACCGGUAGCCAAAAGUAUUUAAUGGAUGCCCCAAGUCAAGUGCUAUAUAAAUGUUUGCCCCAUGUGCAAUGAUUAAUGCGCAGCAUGGAUUAUGGAAAUUACUCCCAACUGAACUAUGGAAGACCUAUAAUGGCGUUCUAUUCGAGUCUCUGCACAACGAAUCUGGUCUGGCCUGUCGGAACACCCAGCACGCAAGCGCAAUCGCAAUCCAUGUGGCCGAUGCAUUGACGUUGCUCCGCAGAGACACUUGUCGCCCAGCUGAGUGAGCCGCGUGCUCGGGUUGAGCUGUGAGAGGGGUAAAAUGUUUUCACGGCAGCCGGCUGCUGGCGGCGCGGAUAUAUAUCAGGAUGAGGCAACAUCAACGCUGCGAUCGGCGUUUCCCAACUCUCGACUGGAUUCGCUGGCGGCGCAUCCAACGCCCGCGAAUCCAGCGGAUCCCAGCAUGGACAGCCAGCUGGCUGCGCCCGAUCCAACCGAACUGGGCGGCGCCAGUGCUGGCUAUAAUCCGAGUCUGGACGAUGACUGGUGGUCCAAUGCCAUCGAGGUGGACACGUUCGAUUCGCCGCUGGCCUUCGAUGCCAGCGAGAAUGGGCUGUGGAAUGGACAUUUUGUGCCACCGCCGCCCCGUCCACCCUUUCUGGAUGAAAGCGUCGCCGCUGACGGCCUGACCACCUGUGAUCUAUGCACGUGGGCCUGGCAGCGUAAUGCCUACUCCCUAGACGGUUCGAUAGAUACCACUGGCGAGCUUGGAUGGGUAUUCACCCUAAUUGUAGUCUCUAUCAUAUCGGGUCUUAUAGGUGCUAUUGUAAUGGUCAUAUUUCUAAGAUGUAGAAGAAUUAAAUCAGCGAAUGCCAAUGGUGGUCGACCACAGCCGUGGUGGUGUCGUAACAAUCGCAACGGCGGCGGCCAGAAUCGUUCGCCGAUCUCCAUAAAGCAUUCGGCGGACAGCAUACGCCGGCCCACAAGCAACUCGGGCGUCUGGACCUGGCUGGGCGGCAGUCGACGAUCGUCGGCGGGCCCGGAUCAGAUUGGGCCGCCAUCGACAUCUCCGGCCGAGAAUCAUUAUACCCACAUGGACGAUGCAUAUAGUCCGGUGGGCGUCAGCGAAGCACUCUAUGCGGAACUCGAUCGCGAAUCGGUGCGUUCGGCAAAUCCGUCGUAUCAGAAUACGGCGUACAGUCAGUGUGGCGAGAAAUACAAUUUCCAGGCACACGAGCAAGACAUUCCCAUGGUCGUCUCGUCAGCGCCGAGCAGUGCCUACUACUCGGAUCUGUCCGUCACCGCCAUGCCGGGCGGCGCCAGUGGCAGCAAUCAGGGCGCCUAUGAGAUUGUUGGCCUAAAUGUCAUGUCGCAGCCGUUGCCCAAUUGGGAGCACCACGGCGGCGGCGGCGGCGCUGGCGGUGGCAAUGGCGUUGGAGGCGUGGCCACCACCACUGGGCUGGCGCCGAACGAUGCUGCCAUGACGCAACGACGCAUGCCACGCCUGGCAGCCAUCAAUGAGACGAGCACCAGCACCGUGCCCUCGGACUAUGUCUGAGCAGCUGAAGCAGGAGCUGCAGGAGGAGAAGCAAUUAAUUUGUAAUUUAUAUACGAGAUAUGUGACUUUAAAAAAGUAGAGAGAGAGAUUAAGAAAUGCGAGCUUAACAUGUUAAUGAAUUACGUUAAACACAAUCUAUAUAUACAUAUAUAUAUAUAUAUAUAUAUAUAUAUAUAUAUAUACAUAAAUAGUAUACAAAUAGCUGUAUGGAUAUAUAAAUAUUUAUAUUUAUAGCAUAUGCUAGCUUAGAGUUGGUGUAGUCUCGAUUUGUGUCUUUUGUUUAUGUCUGAAUUGUAAUAUAGGACGACAGAUUUACAUACAAGCAUGUAUUAUAAAUCUAGUUUUAAUAUAUCUAUAUAUAUAUACACACAUAUAUAUAUCUAUAUAUAUAUAUAGUGUUAAACAGCGAUUAAAUCGUGGGUGAUAUUUAGCCUAAAUAUGCUAUAUUCUUAUGUUCUAUGUACUUUAGCAUUUUCUAAAAAUGUAAAACAGAAAUGGCAAGAGAAAGGAAAAACGGAAAACAGGAAAACCGGAAAGCGAACAAUGAGCAUUUUUUUGGAAUAGGCGAGAGAAACGCAUUUCAGUCUAAGUCUAAGCGAAAACAACCCAACAAUGUACCCAAAAUCAUAUUAUCAUAUAUACACGCUCACAUACACACACACAUAUUUACAGUGAAAUGAAUUUAUGCUUACAG